CAUCCUUCUCUCACACUACAAGUCUUACCACCUCCUGAUCACUCUUCUAACCACCAACUCAAAUGGCUGCAACUAUGGCCCUCUCCUCCCCUUCCCUCGCCGGAAAGGCCGUGAAGGUUGCCCCAACAGCCUCCGAGAUCUUCGGCGAGGGCCGGGUUUCAAUGCGCAAGACUGGUGGCAGGCCAAGACCUGUUUCAGGCAGUCCCUGGUACGGUCCUGACCGUGUCAAGUACCUCGGUCCCCUCUCUGGUGAGCCACCAUCUUACCUCACCGGUGAAUUCCCCGGCGACUACGGCUGGGACACUGCUGGUCUCUCCGCAGACCCAGAGACCUUCGCCAAGAACCGUGAGCUCGAGGUCAUCCACUGCCGCUGGGCCAUGCUCGGAGCCCUCGGCUGCGUCUUCCCUGAGCUCUUGUCACGCAACGGUGUCAAGUUCGGUGAGGCAGUGUGGUUCAAGGCUGGUGCACAGAUCUUCAGUGAGGGUGGCUUGGACUAUUUGGGCAAUCCCAGCCUGGUGCACGCUCAGAGCAUUCUUGCCAUCUGGGCUUGCCAGGUUAUCCUCAUGGGCGCCGUUGAGGGGUACCGCAUUGCUGGUGGCCCUCUCGGAGAGAUCACUGACCCUCUAUACCCGGGAGGCAGCUUUGAUCCACUGGGUCUCGCUGAUGAUCCAGAGGCAUUCGCGGAGCUGAAGGUGAAGGAGAUCAAGAACGGUAGAUUGGCCAUGUUCUCAAUGUUUGGAUUCUUUGUUCAGGCCAUUGUGACAGGAAAGGGACCAUUGGAAAACCUGGCCGACCACCUUGCCGAUCCCGUCAACAACAAUGCCUGGGCUUAUGCCACCAACUUCGUCCCUGGCAAAUGAGUGAUCGAGGAGCAAUGGUCGUUGUUUGUCUGAUGCUCCAUCUUAUUCCCGAGCGUCGAAUUAUGUUGGGCACUGUAAUCUCGCGUUUCUGGGAUUGAGAUUAGCGUUGCCAAUGUACAAUAUUGAGCUCUGUACCCGUGGUUUUAUUCUCAGCAAUGUUUAUGCAAUGUUUUUCCGUCUAUUCUUCAGUUCGGGGCACCACCGCCCGGUUUGAACCAUCCUCUGCCCCAGCUCGUUCAAAUAAUACUAUUUUAUUUUAAUUA